CACCGUCCACACUGGCUGGUGGUGGUGGUGGUGAUGGUGUCACCGAUAACCCGUCCACUGCGAACGCUGCCAAUAGUUUAAGUAGUUUCAAAUCGCUUCCAUCGCCGUCUGGGCCGGCUCAAGCCAUCGCACCAGCUGCAAACGUACUCAAUCAAAUCAAAUUCCAAGGUCCAACGACGACGAAGGAUCCGCCCAAAAAGGUGCCAGUCAGCAGUGCCGGUGGUGCUAGCUCGGCCUACAAACCGUACCAUAGUGUACUAUCGAACAGUGCCCGGUCCGGUUCGGUUGUGGCUGCCACGAAAGCAAAGAUAGCCUCGGAGAAAUCCAACGCGCCGACCAAUACGACAUCAGCCGCUAGUACUACCACUGGUAAGGCUAGUACCACGACCAAACCCCAGCAAAGCGUUCGUACACGAACACCUUCCCCAAGGGGUAGCAUGAGCAAUGGUCAGCUCCCGAACGGUACCGUACCGUCCGGAGUGAAGAGUGCUGCCCUCGGCCAAAAACCGAAAACUGCUGCCAAACCGGAACCCCUUACAACGAAACCGACAACGACGGCGACGACGGCGGUGGGAGCAAAGGGCACGAAUCCGUCGACCACCGUUGGUAAUGGGAAACUGCUAACGGCCGCGGCACGUCCAGCACCUGGCAAACCAUCUAAUGUAGCAUCUUUACAGCAACGGUUUGAGCAACGCAAGUGAAAUGUGCGCACCAGUGACAUCGGGAAUAGAAUUAAUGUUUUGUGAAUAGAAAUGGUUUGUCCGCUUUCGUUCCGUCGUUAUCGAACGAACGGCACUCGGUUGAUAGAGGUCCCAAGUGAGUUUCGUUCUAUGGAGAAGAGAAGCCUAUCGGAAGGUUAGACUGUAAGAGACCCAAAAUCCCUAAUUGUUUAUUUAUUUACCUAUUGCCACGGUAUAUCUAAAGAAUGCGAUCCUGAUCGUAUAAGUGACUGGUGCGAUUAGCUUAGAGAGCGAGGGCGAACGGAUCUUAGCUUCGUUUAACUGUUAGGAGCUGGAUGUAUUUGGAUCGACUUAUGCUAGUAAUGACGAAGCGAACCAAAGAAAGGGACUAGAAAGAAUGAAUUCAAUCAAAAGCGCUCUAUCCACGGAUAGUGGCGCGCAAGGGGACAGUAGCAGUUUAUGAAUUACAAAAGAACGAAACACUUCCUUCUGUGAGCGGUAUACGUUAUGUGUCGACUGUUAUCUGAAUGAAAUGCGGAACCACCCGACCCCGAAUUAUUGAAUCUCAGACCCGCGUUUAGAAAUACCCAUUAACGAUUCUUAUAUUUUAAAAGCGAUAGGUACAGUUGUUCAGAUUUUUUUUAAAUACCGAAAGAUCUACUUUAAAGUUCAGAUCAUAAAACGACCUCCGUGCGCUUAUCGUGCUGCGAGUAAUUCUUGUUGUACAAAAUCUUGUAACGGUCACCCCCAGGGACGAAAACAACUGCGCGUUUCAACAAUAGGCGUUAUCUGCUGUUCUUCUUUAAGUUUGUGCUUCCCAUUUAGUUCCGCUGCAAGCCAACAAAGCGAGAAGACGAAGAAAAGAAACAAUCGUAUAUCUUUAGCCUAGUUAUAGAAACCUUUGUAAAGAUGAUGGGGUCAUGUGUGCACGAAUCCAAUUGCUGAAUUAAAGUAAUGAACAUUUUUUAAUAAAACAAAAACCACUUUGA